AUGGCUCCCACACACUUUGAACAGUGCGCCAGCCACGGCAAGCUGCUGGAAGCCAAGCGCCAGCUCGAGAAAGCGCACCUGAAGAUUCUUCUCAAGGACGAAGCCCGCAACGAGCUCCUCAUCAAAUCUACUGACCAGGGUGUCUACCUGGACUUUUGCCGCCAGAAGAUGACGGGUGAGACCCUUCAGCUUCUUCUGAACCUCGCAGAGGAGCGACAAGUGCCUGCGAUGAUAAAGAAGAUGUUUUCUGGAGAGAAGAUCAACGAGACUGAGAACCGCGCAGUGCUGCAUGUGGCACUUCGCAUGCCCGAAGGCAGCGAGCCCGUCAUGGUGGACGGCAAGAAUGUCCUCGAUGAAGUUCACGCCGUCCUGAGACAGAUUCGACACUUCUCUGAAAAAGUCCGCAGCGGUGAAAUUCGCGGGCACACCGGCAAGAAGCUGGUCAACGUGAUCUCCAUCGGCAUCGGCGGCAGCUACUUGGGCACCGAGUUCGUUCACGUCGCCCUCGCGGCGGAAGGCUUUGCUGCUGAGAACGCUAGGGGCCGCCAGAUUCACUUCCUGGCGAACGUCGACCCCGUGGACGUGUGGCUCGCGGAGAGAGACUUGGAUCCCGAGGAGACGUUGGUAGUAGUCAUCAGCAAGACUUUCACAACUGCCGAGACGAUGAUGAAUGCGCGCUCGCUGCGCCGGUGGUAUCUGAACCACUACAAGGGCGACGAGAAGGCGCUCGGCGCUCACUUCUGUGCUGUGAGCACGAAUCUGGAAGGAACGAGCAAGUUCGGAAUCCAAAAGGAUCGCGUCUUCGGCUUCUGGGACUGGGUGGGCGGAAGAUACUCCGUCACCUCCGCCGUCGGCAUCCUGCCUCUGGCGCUGCAGUAUGGCUGGGCGGUCGCUCAGGAGUUCCUCAACGGUGCGCACGCGAUGGACGUGCACUUCAAAACUGCCGCGAUGGCGGACAACCUUCCGCUGCUCAUGGCUCUCGUCAGCGUUUGGAACAGCACCUUCCUGGGGCACUCGAACGUCGCCGUCCUGCCCUACGCGCAGGCCCUCCUCCGCUUCCCCGCCCACAUCCAGCAGCUCACAAUGGAGAGCAACGGCAAGCGCGUCACAGCAGACGGCCAGACUCUCGACUUCGAAGCCGGCGAAAUCUACUUCGGCGAGCCAGGCACAAACGGCCAGCACAGCUUUUACCAGCUCAUCCACCAGGGCCGCGUCAUCCCCGCGGAGUUCAUUGGCUUCGCGAAGUCCCAGCGGCCUAUCAGGCUCCAGGAGGAGCCCGUUAGCAACCACGACGAGUUGAUGAGCAACUUCUUUGCGCAGCCUGAUGCGCUGGCCUUCGGCAAAUCCCCCGACGAGCUCCGCAAGGAAGGCGUGGCGGAGCACCUCAUAUCCCACAGAACGUUCCCUGGCGACCGCCCAUCCUGCAUGCUACUCUUCCCCGAAAUCUCGCCUUUUCAGAUGGGGCAGCUGCUCGCCCUGUACGAACACCGCGUCGCCGUCCAGGGUUGGAUUUGGGGCAUCAACUCCUUUGACCAGUGGGGCGUCGAGCUCGGCAAGGUGCUCGCGAAGGGCGUCCGCGGCAUCCUCCAGAAGCGUCGCGAAGGCAAAUCGCCCGAGGACGCCGGUCAGACUCACCUCUGCAGCUCGACGAGGAAGAUUUUGGAGCAUUACGUGCAGCUCUCAAAGCAGUAA